AUGGCCAGACUGCCGGCCAGCGAGCCCAGGCGGCAGGCGCAGCCCCAGCAGCAGCCGCCCCGCGCCUCCCCCAUGAGCAGCAGCGGCGCCGCCGACCCGGAGGGCAUGAAGGAUCUGGAUGCCAUCAAGCUGUUCGUGGGCCAGAUCCCCCGCAACCUGGAGGAGAGGGACCUCAAGCCCCUCUUCGAGCAGUUCGGCCAGAUCUACGAGCUCACCGUGCUCAAGGACCGCUACACUGGCAUGCACAAAGGGUGCGCUUUCCUGACCUACUGCGCCCGAGACUCCGCUAUCAAAGCUCAGACUGCCUUGCAUGAACAGAAGACGCUUCCAGGGAUGGCCCGGCCGAUCCAGGUGAAACCUGCUGACAGCGAGAGCCGUGGAGGAGACCGGAAGCUCUUCGUGGGCAUGUUGAAUAAACAGCAGUCAGAAGAAGACAUUCUCUGCCUCUUCGAACCUUUCGGGGUCAUCGACGAAUGCACAGUGCUCAGAGGUCCAGACGGAAACAGCAAAGGUUGUGCCUUUGUUAAGUUUUCCUCGCACAACGAAGCCCAAGCAGCCAUCCACGCUCUCCACGGCAGCCAAACCAUGCCCGGUGCUUCUUCCAGCCUCGUGGUGAAGUUCGCGGACACAGACAAGGAGCGGACGCUGCGACGGGUGCAGCAGAUGGUGGGGCAGCUUGGCAUCCUCACCCCGUCCUUCGCCGCCUUGCCCUUCAGCCCGUACAGCGCCUACGCUCAGGCGCUGAUGCAGCAGCAGACGGUCCUGUCGGCUUCCCAGGGUAACUUUCUCAGCCCCAGCCUCACUUUCUCGCCAUGCCACAUCCAGCAGAUUGGCACCGUCAGCUUGAACGGCCUGCCCGCCGCUCCAAUCACACCAACCUCAGGUAGGCGGCUGCGGAGUUGUUGA